ACUUCCUGUUUUUAGCGCUGUAAACUCGUGGAUAGCUGUUUCCGUAAUACUGUAAUGUUAUGCAGGUGAAGACCAUGAAUUUACUCUGUCACUCGCGGAAAGUGCUGUCCUCGGUGUUGAGAAGUAGUGUUUUACUAAAGCCAACAGAGGCUUUUGGAAGCAUUUGUUCAAUCUCCAAAGCUCGGUGCAUUAGCCUGUCUGUGCCUCAACAUUUUACAGCAAAUCUUACCUCAUGUCAACACUCGCAUCACACAGCGUCCUUCACCGGGCACUUUGACAUAAAAAGAUGUUAUUCGGAAAGCGAAGAGAGCCGAAAUUCAGAGAGUAAUGGUGUGAUUGAAGAUGAUUCACAUGAACUGGACGAUAAUAGCAGCGAAAACAGCUCCUUAAGUCGCAGAUCCUUGGAGACUUUCAGUCUUGAUGUGCUGGUGUCUCUUCUGCGUCAGGAAAAUGCAGUAGACCUCUGUGUGAUUAAAGUACCAGAGCAAAUCAAAUACGCUGAGUACUUCAUUGUCGUCAGCGGUGUGUCACCAAGGCACUUGCGCGCAAUGGCACUUUAUGCCAUUAAAGUGUACAAGUUUCUGAAGAAAGAUGAAGAUCCAAAUGUCAAGAUUGAAGGGAAAGAUGCAGAAGAUUGGAUGUGUAUUGACUUUGGUAAUAUGGUUGUUCAUUUCAUGCUGCCAGAGACUAGAGAAGUGUAUGAACUCGAAAAACUUUGGACUCUCCGCAGCUACGAUGAGCAGCUGAAGAGUAUCCCAACUGAAACACUCCCUGAGGAUUUCAUAUUUGAUGUUGAAGUUACAAAGUGAAAACAUCUAAGGCUAAAUAAUAAGAUGUGCCCAGACUGAACUACUUUGAGUUUUGGAUACAUUCUUUACAGUCAAAACCAAAUCUGUUGGAUUUCCAAAAGUACUUUAAGUGACAGAAAUGCUGAAGCCCAACUUACCAGUAUAUACUGAUCUCAGAUAUAUUAACUGUACUAUCUACAUUAUAUCUCAUCUAAUGAGCAUAAUAUCCCAUGGCAAGACAUCCAUCUGUCUGCAGUUCACAAGAAUUGUUACUCCAUCUACUACUGGGCAGGUUUUAAUAAAACUUGCACACAAUGAAAAUAUACUCCAAAUUGUUCUCAAGGUUGCAUUUUGCCAGAUGAGCUACUAUCUGAAGUCUUUAAUGGAACAUAAAGAAAAAAAAAUACAUGCUUUUGGCUAUUUAGAAAUUGUGGCAUCACAUAACUUGUCCAACGAAGUAUGCACCGACUCCAGUGUUUACAACACUCUCAGCAAAGCUGUGCAAGCAGUGGUUCACUUAAGAAGGGUCUU